AUGAAGGGUGGGCUAUGUGUAAUUUACACGUCUUUGCUGACUAUUUCAGUGCUUUCAAGUUGUGCUUUCUUCAUAUUGGUGGUAUCUGAAGCUCUUCAAGCUGAAGGUGUUAACAAUGUCGAUCUCUCAGGACUGCACAAUGUUUCUCAAAAAUCUUCAGAUAUUGAAAAAGAACCACCAAUGGAUUCUGAUAUCGAGGAUAGCCAAGAACCACCCACGGAGACGAAGACUGAAGAAAUCGAUCACCAGAUGACAUUCCCUGAAGCUUUAUCUGUGAACUCAGUAACUACAGAUGGG